CACUUUCAACAUGGCCGGCGUUGGUGAUAACAGUGAUCCAAUCGAGUCUUCACCAGACUUAGAGAAUCAGAAAAAGGAAAUAGCAGAGGCUAUGAAUAAGCCUUUAGUUAAAGGUGAUAUCUGGUUUCUUGUUGAUAGUCACUGGUUUAAGCAGUGGAAGAAGUUUGCUGGGUAUGAUUCAUGGGAUAAAUUUGAAGUUGGACAAGAAUUGAAUAAUCCUGGUCCCAUAGAUAAUUCAAGUCUUUUUGAAGCUGAUGGUUGCACUCUGAAAGAACAUCUUAUCGAUGAGCUUGAUUACACCCUGCUACCAAAAGACUCGUGGUGUAAACUUGUAUCAUGGUAUGGAAUUACUUCAGACCAGCAAACUCUGUCCAGGAAAGUUGUGGAACAUGGAAUGUUUGUCAAAAGCUGUAAGGUUGAAGUAUAUCUCACUGCUUUGAAACUUUCCAAAUACUCAGAUCCCCAAACAUUUGUCACAAGGCAGUUCAGCAAGGCAGAUACAGUUGGUCAUCUUGUGUCAGAAAUGAAAACAAUAUUUAACAUACCAGAAGAUGCUGAAACAAGAGUGUGGAACAAGUACAUGAGCAGUACAUAUGAGCUUCUCAGUAAUUUGGAAUACACUGUACAAGAUGCUGGCCUUUAUCAGGGACAGGUUCUAAUUAUAGAACAAAAGAAGGAGGAUGGUACUUGGCAGCAUCCAUCUAAAAGUUCUUCCUCAUCAUCAGGGGUGACAUUAAAUAGUGAACAUGGUACUGAAUCAUCCAAUCCCUCCAGGUACAGUAGUUAUAGCUCAAGAGGCUCUUGGGGAUAUGAUGGGCUGAAGUCGAGAAGUUCCUUGCCAGGCCUCACAGGACUUGGAAACCUUGGCAAUACAUGUUUCAUGAACUCUGCUCUUCAGUGCUUAAGCAACUGUGUCCCACUGACGGAGUACUUCUUAGCUGGUAAUUAUAAAGAGGAAUUAAACCGUGAUAACCCUUUGGGAAUGAGAGGAGAGAUUGCUAAUGCAUAUGCAGGACUUCUUCACCAGAUGUGGAAAGAGCAGUAUAGCUCAGUAGCUCCAAGACAAUUCAAAAUGCAGGUGGGACGGUUUGCCCCUCAGUUUUCUGGCUAUCAACAGCAAGACUCACAAGAGCUUCUUGCUUUCCUCUUGGAUGGACUUCAUGAAGAUCUAAAUAGAGUUAAGAAGAAGCCUUAUGUUGAACUAAAGGAUGCAGAUGGAAGGCCUGAUGGGGUUGUUGCAGAAGAGUCCUGGCAUAACCACCUUCAGAGAAACAAUUCUGUCAUUGUUGAUACAUUUCAUGGACUUUUUAAAUCAACUUUGGUUUGUCCAGAUUGUGUUAAGGUGUCUGUCACUUUUGACCCAUUCUGCUACCUAUCGUUGCCACUGCCAGUCAAGAAGGAGAGAAGUCUUGAUAUUUUUCUGGUGCCCAGUGAUCCUCUUAAGAAACCUACCCUGUACAAGUUAGCAGUACCAAAAAUGGGUAAUGUUGCUGAUUUACUGGCUGUUUUGUCAAAAGAGGCCAAUAUUCCCAAAGACAAGAUGAUAGUAACUGAUGUAUACAAUCAUAGGUUUCACAAGGUGUUUUCUCUUAGUGAGUCGCUGACUCAAAUCCUGGACAGGGAUGACAUUUUUGUCUAUGAACUACAGCACAGCAAACCUGAGAGUGAUGAAGAUGAUUACAUUGUUCUUCCUGUUUACCAAAGAGAAAAAAGGGCAAGACUGACCAGUUAUAGCUACAGCAGUUCAAACAAGGCUUUGUUUGGACUUCCUCUCAUGGUUUCUGUUCCAAGAAAAAAUCUUACUUACCAGGCAUUGUAUUGCAUUCUAUUGGAGAGAAUGAAACGCUUUAUCACGUUGCCCAGUGGGGAUAUGGGAGUAGAUGAAUGUGAGGCUGAUGUGGAAAUGAAUGAGGACAAAAGUGAAGACGGGGAAACAGAGGAUUGUGAGGACAGAGAAUUGGAAAAGGCUUACCAAAAUGUGCAUGUCAAUGGUGAUGACAAUGAGGAUGAUAACAAAAAUUCACAAAUUGGUGAUUCUGUUGACCUUCAUCAAAAUAAUGAUAUCAAAACACAAAUCAAAGGAAAGGCAAGAAAGUAUCUCUUUAACAUGGUACUAGUUAACUCAUAUGGCAGUACUGAUAUCCAGGUCUUAGAAGAUGAUGGCGAGCCCCCCAAACUCACAGCACGUUGCUUUCUUGCACUGGACUGGGACUCAGAGAUGAAGGAGAAUUGCUACAAUGAUCAACUUGCUGAGGAAUCUGAUGAGCAUCAAAGUGUGCAUAAGAAGCCAGCAUCAAAGAAAAACUCCAUUGCUUUGGAUGACUGCAUUGACCUCUUUUUGUCUAAAGAAAAACUUGGAGCAAAUGACCCAUGGUACUGUCCAUCCUGUGAGAAGCAUCAACAAGCCACCAAGAAGUUUGACCUGUGGAAUCUUCCCAAAAUCCUUGUUGUUCACUUGAAACGAUUCUCAUACAACAGUUUUUGGCGAGAUAAACUUGACACAGUGGUUUCUUUUCCUUUGAGAAACCUUGAUAUGUCUGCCUAUGUGAUUAAUAAAGAUCAACCUUGUCCAAUUUAUGAUUUAAUUGCAGUUUCAAACCACUAUGGAGGCAUGGGAGGCGGACAUUACACAGCCUACGCCAAGAACUGCAAAGACUCUAAGUGGUACUCAUUUGACGAUAGCUCUGUGUCACCUGUAAAUCAAGAACAAGUUACCUCAAAAGCAGCCUAUGUUCUUUUUUACCAGCGAAAAGAAAUUGAACAUCAAGAAAGUUUGGUAGAAAAGGAAACAGAACAUGAUGGAGACAUUGACAUGCUCAAUGAUGGCCUCUAGGAUGGGGAAAGGAACAAUGGAGUGACACAAAAGAAUUUAGAAUGCAGCUUGGACAUGAACCUGGUGGAGCACAACUUAUACAUAGUGUAGCUAAUUAUCAUUAUUUUCCCAACCUUUUACACUUAGCUGAGGCUUAAGCCUAACUAAAAGGAAUCACACUUCACUUCCCAGUUGGCCUGUUACCUCAAGACUUCUUUAAGUUAAAAUCCCAUCAGAGUUCUCAAAGAUACGCCUCAGUCAAAACCUAGUACUCAUUAGUGCAACAUACAAGUCUCACAAGAAAAUCUAAUGGUCUGAUUAAAUCCACCAAAGCUGCUGAAAAUGCAGUAGAGCUAGGUCAUAUACAGACUAUCAUUUCUUGUGCACUGUAGUAUGUAAUGACCAUUUAUUUGUGUGGCAAAACGAAUUUCUUCAGUGUAUAGUUGGGAGACUUCUCUUGGUUGUUUCUUUUUUUUUUAGGUGGACCUAUCUUCUGUACUAUUUUAUUGAAAGAUUAUUUGAUCACUUUUAAGUGAGAAAAUGAAUGUGUCAAAAAGCACUAAAAAUUGUUGGAAAUCAUGUUCUAUGAUCACCCCUCAGAAUACAGCAGGAGUGUUUCAAGUCACAAAAUGUGAACACAGUUCUUUUAAUGGAAAAAAUUAACUUGACAGUAAUAAAAAUGGUCCAUAAAAGAA